AUGGCAAAACUCACUGAUGAUGCCGACAACGAUGCCUGCCAACGUUUGAGAAUGUACCAAGUCCACUGUCUGAUGCUGGGAAUUAUGAAGACUACUAAGGCAGACGACUUCGGUCUAGUGCAAGUCAAUUGGCAGCACAGACAAACAGAAAAAGAGGGUAUCGGUGGUCGUGUAGGCCUAGACGUGCCAGUAAAAAGAAGUGGCAGCAUUCUACCAUCGUCUUCUGAUUCGAUCGGUCUAUGGAUCUCCCCAUCACUCAUGCUGGGCAAUAGCUCCGUCUUUUCACAAACCUCUUUGAUAGCCUAUAAUACGGCAAGAACCAUAGGGAGUCAAAAUUAA